UGGGCGAGCUGUUUGUUACCAUGUCCGUGAAAUGGGCACGAUGAAGGAGGGGCGUUUCAUAGCUGUAUAGAAAAUUCUUUAUUUCUGCGCUUAUUUUUCCACAACAGAAGCUUUUUGCUGGACUUUGCACGUCUGUUUGUAAUAUGGCUCACAUAUUUGAGGAUUAAUUCAUGGUAUCCUCACACACUCCAAUGAAGAGAAGAACAAGCAAUUCUUUGCCUGCCAAAUACAGCAGGCAAAGCAGAGCCAUGAAAAAAUACACAAUAGCACCGGACACCUCAACCAGCUCUGCAACCGGCCGCCAAGCAGCCCCAAAAAUCCGGCACUUGACCAUGGCACAGCACAGUCGUAACCUACUGAACUUCUUAAACGAGGAUCGGACGCGGCAGAGGUUCUGCGACGUGUCUGUGUCGGUAGGUGGGAAGCUGUAUGGUGCCCAUAAAGUGAUAUUGGCUCACGGGAGCAGUUACUUCCACGCUGAGCUGUCCAAGAACCCCGCCAUGACCCACGUUACUCUCGAUCAUGUAGAGGAAUCGGUUUUUCAGCACCUGCUCGCCUUGCUGUACACAUCAGAGUGCGUUAUUGCAGAGACAGAGCUGCAGGCUGUGACUGAAGCGGCCCGCUUCCUGGACAUGAUGGAUGUGUUAAAGCUGCUGUGUGAGGAAGGGUCAAACAACAACCCCGUAAGUGGGGAUGAGACUGAAUUACUCAUAAUAGCCACUCAAGGCUCAUAUGAUCAGCAGUUUUGCACAGAAAACACACAACAGGACCAAAGUCUGAAUGAUAUUCAGGCGAAAACUCCUGGCGAGAAGGCGGCUACCAUGCGGAGAUCAGCCCGAAGGAGGAAACCUCCGACCAAGUAUAAGAAAGAUGAUUUGGAGUGCGUGCACAACACGGACGAAACACCAAUAACUCAAUCAAGGGAGGAGUUUGAGGAAAGACUGGAUGAAGCUGAAGUCUCUGGAAACAAACUGGUGAUGGAUGAAACAAGAUCAUCACAGGUGGAAGAUUUUCUGGGUGAGGAGGAUGAAGGUGGCCUGAUUGAGGAUGGUGGGAAAGCACCAGCCGCAGGUCCUGUGUACCCCGAAGGUCUGGCUCCUGUCAUCAUCCACAUUUCCAGAAAGAAGAUUCUCAAGUGCCCCAAAUGUGACAAGACCUUCGAUCGAGCAGGGAAGUACGAGAGUCACACCAGAGUGCACACAAAAGAGAAACCCUUCCAGUGUGAAGUCUGUCUGCAGCGCUACUCCACCAAGUCCAACUUGACGGUUCACAAGAAGAAGCACACUGGCAACACUCCCUUCCAGAUGAAAGAGCACAAGUGUCCCUUUUGUAAUAAACUUCACGCUAGCACGAAAACCCUGGCAAAGCAUGUCAGGAGGUUCCACCCAGAACACCUCCAAGACUUUCUCACUAAGAGGAAGAAGAAGAAGAGUGAAGGCUGGAAAUGUCCUAUUUGUCCGAAGUCUUUCACCCGCAGGCCUCACUUGCAGGAGCAUAUGAUCCUACACACCCAAGACCGGCCAUUCAAAUGUGCUUUUUGCGAUGAAUACUUCAGGUCCAGAUUUGCUAGGCUCAAGCACCAAGAAAAGUACCACCUUGGACCUUUUCCUUGUGAGAUCUGUGGCCGAAAUUUUAACGACAGUGGCAACAGGAGGAAGCACAUCGAAUGCACACACGGAGGGAAAAGAAAGUGGACAUGCUUUGUCUGUGGCAAAUCAGUGAGGGAAAGAACAACGUUGCGGGAGCACAUGCGGAUCCACAGUGGCGAGAAGCCUCACCUCUGUGGUCUCUGUGGGCAAAGUUUCCGCCAUAAGAGCUCAUACAGGCUCCACAUGAGAAUGCACCGUAAUGACAGGCGCUACGAGUGCAACGAAUGUGGGAAGACCUUCUUACGCCACGAUCACCUGGCCAAACAUCAGCAAACCCACUCUGGUGAAAAAGCACAUCAGUGUGAAGAAUGCGGGAAGUGUUUCCGACGCCAGGAUCACUUAGCUGUCCACUACAGAACUGUUCAUUUGGGAGAAAAAGUGUGGCAGAAGUAUAAAACAGCCACGCAUCAAUGUGAGGUUUGCAAGAAAGAAUUUAAGGGAAAGUCCAGUCUGGAAAUGCACUUCAGGACCCACUCAGGUGAGAAACCCUUCAGUUGUCCGGAGUGCCACCAGACGUUUCGCAUCAAGAAGACCUUGACUAAGCACAUGGUGAUCCACUCGGACGUCCGUCCUUUCAACUGUCAACAGUGCAACGCUACAUUCAAGAGAAAAGACAAGCUCAAGUAUCACGUGGACCACGUGCACAGCACCCGCUUUCUUGACCAAACCUUCAGAAACCUGGGCCAGGACAGGAUGGGCUCGGAUGCUUUUAGUCCAGAACCAAAGUCGACGCCGACAAACGUCUGUGUGCCUGAUGCUUUAGACCCUGUCCAAAUGGCUGGUGGACCUGAGAAAAGCCAAGUGGACGCUCAUGUGAGCAUGCGAACUGAAGAACAGCACCCCAGUUCUGGUUACCAGAGCUCAGAGCUGGCCUUUUUAGAGAAGUACACACUCGCGCCCCAGUCGGCCGACAUUAUUCCCCCUGUGAGGCCUGAUCAGAUGUUAGACACCCGAGAGCAGGCCUACCUGGGAACACUACUCAGUUUGGAUUCUACUUCCUCCGUGGAGAACAUCUCAAACUCAGACCAAAGUCACCGGUGAAACAUUAGGGACAGUCUUGCAAAACUAAAGAGAAACAGAAGUAUCUUUACGUAGGAUCACUCAUAAUUCCGGUAGUACCUUGACUUAAAGGUCCCAUGCCAUCGAAAUCCAUUUUUUUUCUACAGUUUUAUGCAUAACAUGGGUCAACGUUUGACGCGACGUGAGUGGGGCGAGCACGCAAAUAUUCCGCUCCUUCGUCCAGUCGCUUGCCAUUGGAAGAUUUGACUUUAUUUACUAAUGCCCCAAUCUACAAGUUGCUUGAGUUAAGAGCUCUCGCUUGUUUUUUUUGUUUUGUUUUUUUGUACAGUUCGUGGCAAAAGUCUUGUCGCUUAUCCAAGUUGUCGAAACAACAAAUAAAAAUUUCACUUGUAGUUGAUCAAUUGGAAGCAGAAAUGGCUUUGUAUAAAGGGCAAAGCCAUCUAGAUUAUGCAUAUCAUUCCAAAAUAAAAUGUUGUAUCAUU